AUGGCACCUAUUACCAAAGAACAUAUCUCUUCCCCACUUGAAGCUGGAUCAUCGCUUCUUGAUGCCAAAAUAUUACCUGCCGUUCUCACUUCAGCAUUAGAGUAUGUGUCGGCUCGCCUGUCACGAAAGAACCUACACAUUUCCCUCAUCGUUAUUCGCAAAGAAGUCCAAAUUCCAUCAACAGGAAUGACACCAGUUUCCUCGACACUACCUUCACCUGCCUUGUCUCGUUCUUCGUCGACCUCAUCAACUUUCUCUCGAGCACUCAGCAAAGUCUCAUCUAGAAGCUCACUCUCCUCCUCCGGGUCAUCUAUAUACUCAAAUUCCACUGCCUCAUCAACAAUCUCUCUCUCGCGAACCCAAUAUCCCUCGCUUCCAACCUCACCAAAAGAUAAAACAGCUGUACCAAGACUGAAUAUUCCAUCCGUUGCUUCCGCUGCGCUCCCAUGCAGUACACCAACCGCACCCAAUCCAUAUGGAAUAUCUCUACUCCACGCAGCCACACUCUCACCCCGAGCUGAAAAGAUCCUCCGUUCAACAAUCCAAAAAGCCGAGAAGAAAUUCCCAAGCAUCGGUUCAGGCUGGCUCUCACCAAAACCCUUCACAUCCACAUCAUCCACCUCCAAUCUCCCAACAAACGACCUCAUCCAACGCUCCAUCGCCCAAAACGAAAUCCUCUUCUCCUCCGAAGGACUAACCCUCCUAUCCCUAGAUCACGUCUACACAUUCAAAUCCCACCUCCUCACCUACUCCCACGCCCUCACCCAGGACUCCCUAACCGUCGCAGUCGACGAACUACGCCGCCUAAUCCUAGCCCAGAAAACCCAAACAAUCACCAAGAACCACCUCACCCGCUCCUAUGACUGGCUCGGAAUCAGUUUCUCCGCCCUCGUCGACGUGAACCAAGCCUACAAAAUCACCUACGGAGGCCUCUCCCACACCGGAGCAAUAGACUGCCAAGACACCCUCACACGCACCCAGCUCACGCCCCUCUCGCUUAAAACAAGCUUCUCAAGAGCCAGUCCACAGCCCACAUUCCGCUCCGUACGAAUGAGCUACGAGGACACGACAAACCACUCUUCCUUAACCUCAGACAUGUACACCCGUUCCUCCUUCUGCAGCAGCGAAGUAUCCUACUUCUCCCCCUCUUCAUCCUGCGACUCGGGGACGCCAGAAACCGCUAUCCCACUCACGGCCAUCUCCAUGGGCGAGAGUGCUAGAGGAUUGGAGUUGGACACUGCAAUUAGUUAUCAAUUUGAUCUCGAGGCGGCGUUUAAGGAGGAUAGGGGGCCCCAUUUUAGGGGCCCGAUGACGCCGAAUGCUUUUGAGGAUAUCACGCCGGUCACGAAGGGGGAGUGGGGUUUUCUUAUGACGACCGGGAUGGCGAGGAGAAGGGCGGUGGAGACUUGUUAG